AUGGCGAUACUCCAGGUGUAUCAGGCCAAGCUGCUCAAGUCUCUGGAUGAGGACGGGCUGGACCCUGAAGUGUUCAAAGAGCUCCGACGCGCCACGGAUCUGGCCCUCAGAGCGACGAAGCCCAGGCAAACCUCCUACGAGACUAUCAACACUCAUAGCCCGGAGAGUCAAGACAAUGUCUGGGAUCCCGAGCUGAUGUGGCUCCAAAAAACACAAAAACUGAAGAGCCAUAAGGAAAAAAAGGAACCGAAGAGAAGGGAACGAACCAGCAACCACCCAGAUCAGCUCAAGCCUCCAGUUCCUGAAUCCAAACCCAAAGCGCACCUUAAACCCCUUACAGAGAGACACAUCAUCAGUGCUGAUCUUCUACUGCAGGACUCUGAGGAAGCUUACACCCAUGACCCACUACAACACCAUUCUGGACUUCCAUCUCACACUCAUGCUCCACCGACCGUCAACCUUAACAUAAACCUCCACACACCUACUAAUCACGCACAGCCACUGAAUCUUUCCCAGAAAGAGACAAUUUUUACUCUUGUUUCUCAAGCGCUGCAAGGGGAUUGGCCUGAUCUGUUUAACCCACCCUUUUUACAACAAGGUUAUCCAUUUUACCCAUAUGUGCCUCCAAAUUCAGUAGGGCAGAUGGGAUUGGCUCCAAAAGCUUUUGUAUCUUCACCAGCCCCCAAGUCUGGAGUGGUACAAACUGUGGACAAAAGUGUUCCUCAGAGGCAUGCUGGGAAACCUACUCCCAAUACAUUUGAGAAGGCAUCAUUCAAGAAUCACAGUAGACUCAGGAUACCAAUGCCAAAAUUGCCCACGUCUCCUCAAGUGGAGGCCAGCCACUAUUCAUCUGAGCUUUUGCCCAGUGAUGAGGAGAGCGUGGGACCCUGUGCGCGCCCAACACAAAUCUCUGGUCCUUACACAGUGCUGCCCCCUAUAGCCCGAGCUAACGGCAGCGACACUGAACUCUGCUCAGAUAGAUCAGAGCAGCAUCUGAAUCCAAUCCUCAGAAGCAGCUCAGAAGGUUACCUUUCACAGAUGGAAAAACAGAGACAGCUGAAGGCACAAUCAAAUUAUAAGGCUUAUACACUGAAGGACUACAAAAACAUGAAACAGGAGGUGAAGCUUGGAGGUCUUGGACCAACGAACACAAUACCAGAAACUGUGGCAGAGAAAAUUAGACGACAGAAGCUGUAUUCAAAUGUGAUCCGCGAACAGAACAAGAAGAUAAGUAGGAUUCCCUCUCUGUUGGCCAAGGACCCAGUGGGCAGUGACAACAAGGACAUCGUUCCCAGGAGGAAGGCUUUAGAAUAUGCCAAAACGAUUGCAAAGCCCCAACCCCCUCCAAAGCCAAAGGAUAGAACCAGAGAGCAGAACGUGAGCACGCGGCCUCAAUAUCCACAGGAAAUGGACCCAUUCCAUCUGGCCACUCUGGAAAUGUUGAGACGGCACGAGGAAGAGAAACGUGCCGUGGCUCGCUUCAGAGCCGUUCAUGCCAUUUAAUUCUAAAAAGCACCACGCAUACAUGAGUUUUAUCAAUUGCACUUCCAUAGAAUCCUUAUUUUUCCUUGCUUUAACUUUGUGUGUACUGUAUAUAUGCGUAAUACUCAUUAUAAUCCUGCUCAGUUGCAAAGCACUGGAAGUGGAACAGGUGCGUAGCACGUAAUCCACUGCAUACUCGUUUCGAAAAUCAUUUUUUUAUAUAAAGAAAUCUCGAAUGCUGUGGGGUUUUGUUGCUUGGCUUUGCAUUAUCCAGCUAUUUCCCCCUUGUUUCCAUAGAUCUGUGCACAAGCGCGCCAAUCUCUUCAAGCACACCUGGAUGCACCGUUAACCCAGUGUAACGUGCCGUUUUCUGUCAGUUCCCGGCAAUUAGUCUGAUUAUAUCCACUUUCGCCUGCCCUUUUCUUUCACCGAGAGAAAAAAAUAGGUCAAAUAAGGAUGACACUUUGAAGCCUCCCUUAUUAGAGCCCACAAACUUGUUUUCUGUAUUUUAAAGUGAUAAUUUUCCCCCUAAAACAAGC